UGAAUAGAGAGUGAUGUUAGUGGUUUUUGUAAAGUAGUUUUUAAAUAUUAAAUAAUUAUUAAAUAAAAGCAUUUUGAUAAGUAAACCUACUAAAUAACGCUUAAAUUUUAGGAGGACUGAAUUUAUGAUAUUGGAAAGCAGUGCUUAUGAAGAACAUAGAUCACAUGCAAUGGAAGCAAGGCAUUUAACUGCUUAAAGCUUAGUGGGUUUAAAUAAAGGUAGAAUGACCAAGCUAGCAAGUACUCGACGAGCUCGUAACCAAGCCGCAUCACUUGCGAUCCCACGUCAGAACUCCAUUACUGAUAAUGGCAAGGUACGACAGAAUCUCAGUCCAGAAGUUCUGGCUUCAAUGAACAAGGAACAACUUCGCGCUGAGUGCAGGAAACGGGGUCAACGGACAUCAGGCAACAAAAAUGAGCUGCUCGCCCGCUUGGGGUAUUACAAGCUGGCGGCUGCAGUGCAGGUGGACACCGAAGACCGCUCUCGCAACGGAUCACUUCACUCACAUCCCAAAGAAAUAAGAACGAAAUCUGUUCCAAUGGAUACAGAGAGCCUGGUUCUGUGGAGAAGACCGUUCACAACUAUCGACUACUUCUUCCGAGAACUCCUAAUAUUAUGUUCAACAGGUUUGCGUAGAUUAUUGGCGUACCAAGGCUUAGCGUUAUCGAUAGUAUUUCUAGUCAGCGGUGUUGCCGCUUCAUACUAUAUCAGCGGGCCGCAUCAGCGAUAUGUACAGGAGGCGGUGAUAACGUUGUCGUGGUGUGGCUGGUGGGUGAUCCUGGGCGUGUGCAGCUCCGUGGGUCUGGGCACGGGGCUGCACACGUUCCUGCUGUACCUGGGGCCCCACAUCGCGCGGGUCACCCUGGCCGCCUACGAGUGCGGAGGACUUAACUUUCCAUCGCCGCCCUACCCCAACGACAUCAUAUGUCCCCCGGAAAUAGAUCCCAAGAGCGUGGUGUCGAUAUGGAACAUAAUGUCCAAGGUGCGUGUGGAGUGCAUGAUGUGGGGCAUGGGCACCGCGCUGGGGGAACUGCCCCCCUACUUCAUGGCGCGAGCGGCGCGACUGUCUGGCGGGGCCGUCGCUGAGAUCAUGGAGAAAGACGAGUCGAGGACUGGCAGGGCUAAGGCAAUGGUACAAAACCUAGUCCAACGUGUUGGUUUCGCGGGCAUAUUGGCGUGUGCGUCCAUACCCAACCCAUUAUUCGACCUGGCCGGCCUCACUUGCGGCCACUUCCUGGUGCCGUUCUGGACGUUCUUCGGCGCCACACUCCUGGGCAAGGCCGUCAUCAAGAUGCACAUACAGAAGAUGUUUGUUAUCAUCGCUUUCAACGAGACAUUGGUUGGACAAGUCCUGUCAUGGGUAGAGAAAGUACCAUACAUCGGACCGAAGCUAGAAGCUCCACUAUUGGAGUUCCUCCGCAACCAGAAGGCGAGGCUGCACAAAAACUCGGAGCCAGGUGACAAUCAAGGCUCGGUGCUGUCGAGUAUUCUAGAGAAGUUUGUGCUGGCGAUGGUUUUGUACUUCGUAGUCUCGAUUGUGAAUGCACUCGCGCAGAAUUACAGCAAACGGGCUGGCAAGAAGAAGGGGAAGAAGAAGGAUUAGGAUCCGAAGACGUCGGGCGAUGAUGUCUCUCUCGUGCGACGGCGAUUAGAAAAACAUCAGCAUCGGCUUCGGUAGUACGUGUGUAUUAUGUAUUACAAACAUUUGUGGUUCCGGCACGUUACUCUAUGGCCACAACAUACCAUAGAUUGUAAACUAAUCAGGAGAUAGUAUGCCGUAGCUAACUAUAAAGAUAUUUAUAAUAACAAAAACAAUCAAUUCUAUGUGAUUUUCCUUGAGUAUGAAAAUCACUAUAAUCCAUUUUAAAGAUAGAUAGAUAAUUAAAUAGUCGGUACUAUGGGGACCUUUUUGGGGGAUUUUUAGUUGCAUUAUUAGGAUUUUUCGAUAGACAAAACCCAUGGUGUGUGAAAUUUAUAUUAAAAAGUAUCAUUUUAUUAUUAUAACAAUGUCAAGCACUCGCUGCUCACUGCUUUUGGAACCUUUUCAUACUUUUUCAUAAUACAGUUACAGAAACAUACACUUACAUUAAUAUGUAGUGCCGCAGGUACGGAUGGCUUUUAGCAUAAAAGUGAUUUAUUCGAAUAAUCUGUCGUGCAGUGUGAUAAACAAACUGAAGUUAAACAACGUUUUGAUCAAUGUUAUUUGUAAAAUACUUAUUAUUUCGUCGUCCUGUGAAAAAAUCGUUAUUGUUUUAUGACUUUACCAAAAGACCAAUAAAAAUAUUUCAAUUUUUUUGUGUGCUCUAUCUGUUUAACGGUUUUGAGGAUUGUAUUUUGUACAAACCAAGACAUCAUCCACAUGAAAUUAAAUGAUCAAUUGAACAUGUAAAUCAGAAUCUGUUGUCACACAUUCAAUAGAUAUGCCUUCUAUACCAAUCAAAUUAUAUUUUUCAAUAAUUAGAUUUGUUUAUCACUGCUGAACAUGAGAACCUGCCAUCUUCAAAAGUGUCGGGAUAAAUUGUUUAUCUCAUUACAAUAGAUGUUCAUAAUUUCGUUAAUUUUCAUUUGAAAACUAGUUUUGAAUAAUUACAGUCACGCAAAGUGAGUGACUUUCACAUUUAUAAUAAUAUUGUCUUAGUUAAUUUAUACGCCUAGAUAGACUGUGACAGCUGGGAACACUUCGAAAUAAAUAGCGUUGAACUGUUAACCUCUAUUUUCAGCAACGCACACACACUAAAUCAAAGUGACAUACGUAUUGCACGUACGUAAGACGUUGCUUGUCGUGCACGCACAUUAAAGUAAUAAACCUGGCCUGUUUUCAUGCGUUGCCUAACAGCAAGAGGCUCUAUCUACACGUAUAAAUUGUCUUAGAAUGUUAUGGAUUAUAAUUAAAAGCGUGUGUGAAUUAUAUAUUAAAAGGCAUAGAACGAAUGUUUUUUACAAGAGUUGUGUCCAAGUGUUUUACAUGAAACUUUGUAUGGGUGAAAUACUAUAUAAUAAUAAUAUGUAGUAAUAUUAUUGGUAUUUUUGAAGUGAGAAGUAGCAGCUAUCGCGCGACUAUUAUUAUCUUGCCUUUACGACAUAAUUUCCUCCAUAGACAAAGAGGAUUGGUCGAUUGUCUCAUUAUUUUUUUUCUAGAAAAUUUUGGCUCAUUCUAGAAUGGGGAAUUGGCUAGAACAAUUUCUUUAAUGUGAUUACCUAACAAUUUUAUUUUGUUUUCCACCUUAUAAUAUUUGAAACAUUUAUUUCGUCGAUAAUUCAAGCACUCUUCAUAGUUUGCGAAAUUUUAAUAAACAAAAUUCUGGCUAAAAUACUAGGUCGCAUAUACGGAAUACAAUCGAUUCAGUGAAAAAAAAAAACCGUAACAUGUCACAUCCAUAAAUUGUCAUAAGAGGACAUUCUUUAGUGUGAAUAACUUAAUGACUAGUAUAAUGCGUUUUAUCAGUUAUAAAUAGUGGGGUAAGUAUAUCACAAUGUACUGAGUGUAAAACACCUGAGAGAUAAAUACCUAACUAACUAUUGGAUUUUAACUAUGAUGUGUCUUAGAAGAAAAAAAAAACAAAAUACAUAAGUAAAUACUCAUCAAUUGUAAAAUCUUUAUAAACCUCCUCUGCACCCUAAAAUAAUGUACAGGGAAAUGAUUUCACUAGAGAGAGUUUGACGUAUUCGGCUACAUUAUGAGACAGCAAUUAACUGUUAUUACUUGAAGGCACGGAAAAAAUCAAAUACACAAUCAACAAUACUGAAAAAAUAUUGGCUGUACAAUAUUCUGUAAGAUCUAUGUUAUGUAAUAUCUCUCUUUGUCUAUGGUCUCUUAACAAAACCGACCACAGAUACAAACUAAAAUAAUCAACUAGGACUAGUUAAUUAUAGAACUGAGUAAUUGUAAAACCGUAGUUGUUUAAUGUUCACCACCAGGUGUCUUCAGAGCUCUUUUUUAAAAUUCCUAUUCAAUAAGUCUUUUUUUCUUUGUAUAAUAUUCGGCCAGGCUGACUUUUCCGAACACUAUCCAAUUCGAUGUACUUUUGUGCAGUCAUCCUACGUUCAUGUUUCGAAUACUGAAUGACAUCUUCAAUAAAAAAAAAAGAAUUAUCUUUUCGAAGAGUUUAUAGUUUUGUAUAUUUCUGCUGUGGUCGCUGUGAGGGAUUUUGUCGUUAUUAGUUUUUUAUUUUAUUAUUAUUAGGUGUGUUUUUAGAGCUUCAAACAUAACUAAGAUGAAGCUUGAAGGUUGGCAAACCAAUGAUUAAUUAUUGUUAUAUUAAAUUGCACAUUAAAAACUAUGUGAUGUAUAACUAAUAGUAUAUCCUAUACAUACAAUAGUAAAAAGUGAUGGGAAAUCUUUUGAUUCCUUUUUAAGUACAUUUUGCGACCCGAACAGUAUUGCCCCCCCUUAUAUAAAAAAUCAGUACCAAUCGAUUAAAGAGUUAAUUUUUUGAGCUAUUAUUGAAACAUAAACUCAUGAAUUUUUAAAAAUAUUUAACAUUUAAAAGUUCUAACAAGCUAAAUAUUAAAUGAGUGGAAAAGAAUUACCAAAAAUAUUCUUCGACAAGUUAUACCAUUUGAAAACUGCCUUCAAAUCGCUCCAAAUCAUAUGAAAUGAAAGACAGUCUUGGUCAGCAUAAUAAUUUGUUCUAAUUGCAAGCAUUUCAAAUUGUAUCAAAAUUUCAAAUGAGAACUGGUUAUUUCAGUAACGCUUACAGAAAUUACAUUAAUAUCAUCGAUACCUCGCAUUGAAGUACUAGAGGAUACUAGGACUUUUUUUGUAUUGUGAGCACAAAAACAUGCCGGACAUUUUCAACAUAUAUUUUGCUCAUCCCCAUAUCCUCUAUUUUCAUUUAAUAUAAUAUGUUUUAUACAGCCACAGAGACUUUAUUCGUUAAUGUGUGUUAAGGUAUUUUUAGAUUAUACUUUCGUAUAAAGUAAAUAUGUACGUAUAUAUGUUAAGAAAAGGCAUAAUUCCUGUGCUAAAGAACCAAUGCGCAUAAUAUGUUUAAAACUUAAAAUACAUUCAAAACGUUGGUGACUAAAGAAUCUAGUGAAUACUUAUAUUAUGAUGUUACCAUUAAUGUAGGAUUCAAUUAUUCUUAACGGUUAAUUUAUUUACUACAUAAUAUAGUGGUUUACUGAGAGUUGAUAAAAUUUAUGGAACGUCUCGCUUCAUUAUCAAAGACAUUCAUUACUAAAUCGCUUAGUAUUGUGGUAUAUCGGUAAAAGACAGCAAUAUCUGAGUUGAGAAGCAACUUUCGGUAAACAGGAUUUAGUAAGUAGUAAGGUGUAUAAGGAAGUAACCAAUACUGUAUUUAUACUAAGAUAUAUUAAGUAAAAUGUAAUGAUUUCUUAAAAACUGAUCAUACUACAAAGUAAUGUAAUAAGGUACUUAUAUGUAAAAACCAGAAUAGCACAGCGUUUGAUUUAGCCUUAAGUAUUGAGAUAUAGUCCGUUUUUAAUGAGAGCUGUUUGGAAUUUCGUGUCACAACAUAUUAUAUCCAUUAAUUUAAUAUGUGACUUGAGUUAAAUGAGAAAAUAGAAUCCCAGUACUGAGCUACUCGUUAAUUUGAUAAAAUUUCGAGUAUAUUCAGUAUUACUAUAUCUUAAUCAGUUGCAUAGACAGAGUCGUAUUUUAAAUCAAAUACAUCGUCGUUUUACCCCGUUAUAAUACGGCUACUAAGAUGUACCUAAUAUAAGUAAGAGAAGGGUAUGAAAGUGUUCAGUCUACAUAAUUAUUAAAAUUAUCGUGUAUGAUAUUUACAUUCCACGAAAUAUUACAUAGUUAGGUUGAAAAUGUAUUUAAUUUUAAUGAUAAAGUGGUAAGUAGUUGGUCUACAAUGCAACGCUAUUAAAUUGUAUUAUUUAAGUGAUUAGAAUCAGUAAUAGUUAUCUAUCAAAUUAAAUAACAAAUUCAACCGAAAUGAUCUGGUCGAAAGAAAAAAAUAAUAAUUUUAAUAGUUUUCAAACACGGUAACGUUCUUAAGUUAAAAAAUGUGUUUACUUAAAAUUAAUUAAACAAAAUGAAAUAUCGCCCCAGUAUAUUAGCUUUCAAAUUUAUAAUAAAGCGCAUUUGAAAUGUCCAUAAAUGUUUUAAUAGUUUUAAGAGAAAAUCCGGAGCUUAUAUAGCAAUAAAAUGAGUAAUGCGUCGGAUAUGACACAAUAUUUUAUCGCUUUUUAUGUUGAUGGUAGAGGUAAGCAUAACCUUCUCUGUGAAUUUAUAAGUGUCCGUGAAAUUAUGUUGGCGCUAUAGUAGCAAUGGGUAAACUAUAAAACGGUUGCCUAAUACAGUUUAUUUAAAUAUUAUUAUACUACAUUAUAAUUUUAAACGCAAUUUCAAUCAAGUUAUGUGAUCUUCUUUAAAAUGAAUUCGACAAAUAUAAUCAGUUAUUAGCUUACUAGUAACCCCAAAUAUCAAAUUUCACGUCAUACACACUUACUACUCAAGCGCCACUUUAGACGGAUUUGGAACUGUUAUUUACUGAUACGCGCUAGACAGUUAGACACUGUUCUUAUGAGACAGCUCUCCUUACCUCUAUCGUAUAUGGCUUAUUCGAUACUCUCAAAAUUAUGUAUAUUAUUAUGAUUGACAGUAUGUAGUUAAGAAAAGUAACGUUAACAAGCUGUCAGUAACAUUUACUUUUGAAAUUGUUUCCUAUUGUUAAAAAAUAUUAUAUUUGUUUUAUUUAAUAUAAUUUAAAAAAAAUUGAUAUUAUUAUAUACAAAGACUCAAUAUUAACAGCUGUUUUGAAUUAUAAUGCACAUUAACUCGCAUAUUGCAAUAUUUGUGCGCCAUCUCACUUGCAUCGUAUUUCAAAGCACUCGUAAAUAUCGUCGAGAUUCAUAGUUAACAUGAAUUCGUUAAAAUUGAAUGAUAUUUUGGAUUGUUAUUUUUUGUUUGUUUUCGUUGAUUCGUAUUAUAAUACUUUAUCAGCACAAUAUUUUAAGAUACCUAAUAUAUUGAUAGAUUUAUGAGUUUUGUGUAGGAGUGGUUUAGUACAAAAUCACAUAAGUUUAUGGCAGCUUAGAUAUAAGGCAAUAAAUGAGUAAUUAUCUGAAAA